CAUCACCAAGAAAACGAAUCUUUAAAAGAUGAAAUUAAUCAACUAGAAUUAGAAAAUAAAAGGCUUCGUAAUCAAACAAAUAAGUUGAUUGGAAGGAUAAAAUCACUUGGAGCUCAAGUAGAACAUUUGC